AUGCAGGACCCGAGUCACGGCAUCCAUCGCGAUCUGCAAGCUCAUGUCCACCUCCUGUCAACCUAUCGUUUCCCCCAGCUCCUCUCCCUUCAUCCAGACAAGGCAGCAGAAUGGCUCCUUAAUGCGCCAAAGAUUGCGCGAGACCAAGCCCCAUUCUACUGGACGUAUCUUGACCGACCCAUCGAUGGCACAAUUCUACUGGUCUGGCAGUCCCUGUCCCUAGGCGCAGAGUUCCCUAGCGACGGCUACAUUUGGACUCCGCAGGAACAAGUCUUCUCAUUGGAAGUGAAUGGCGGAUAUACACUUGAAAUUUACCAACAGAAGACCGGCUACUCGCCCCCCGAACCUAUGGCAACCCAUUCUCGGCGUCGUUAUCGCCUUCUCCCUCCGAAAUUUUCGAAACCUGGAGUUCCAAACCCAGACCCAUCGCUCUGGAUCGUCCACUAUGGCCAAGCCGACCCUCAAGAUCGACUUCCUUCGAGCGUCAUCCCGGUCGACAUGCGGAUCCAGAACAUAAUGAGCGCCAGAGCCUAUCUACAUGCCCAAGGCCAGAUUGUCCAGAAGGAAUUCAUGCUUCAUGAUCGUACAAAUUGGCCACAAAUCGCAUUUCCCAGAAAUCCUCCUCGAGGCGCCCCAAUGUAUGGAACCAAUGCUCCACCAGCCAGAGUUCCGCAGACGAUGGCAUAUCCCCCACAGCAUGCAGUUGCAGGUCCGCCGGCGAAACGUGUCCGAACUCAGGCAAAUGUUAGCCAAGCAGCUGCUAGUAGCGCUGUUGCAUCACUGGACGUUGACGACGAAGAAGAUACAUCCCGUGGCGAUCUUUUUGACCACACAACACCUCGUGAAAUCAGCAUGAGUAGAUACAAGCAAAACCAUGAGUGGAUGGAGGAGAUUUUGUCAUCUCCUUACGCCAUCAACCAAAUUAUCCCCGCGGAUCUCGGCCUAGGUGUACGUGGGGAGCUGGCUAGCCUCACUGAAGGCAUUUUUGAUGCGCCUUUCAAUCCAGAUAAAGAUGUUGUGAAUAAUUCUUACGUUGGUCGGCUGGAUGCUGGAAAGGCUGACCAAUUCCGCAAGAGGGCCCAUGAGCGAGUUGGGCAGAUCAGCAAGGAGAUGGAAAAAAUGAAGGCCAAACAUGACAAACGGUUGGCCAAAUUCCAGAGCGGCUCGCUCAUUAGUGCAGCCGAGAAGCAACUUCGUACUGCCGUGCAUGAUCCCUCUGAUACCGGUCCUGAGUAUUGGCGCCUUGAAGGCAAGAUCGAUAUGGAAGACGACGAGGAUACUAAACCAGCCGCGCCCACCCCUUCCAAGGUGUCUGACAUCCUCGCUCAAGUUGAAGCUUCACUGUCCCGCCAUGUAGCGACAAUGCAGGAGAUGGUUCGCAUUCAAGAUGGCGGAUAUGAGGAACAAACUUCUGCCCCAAGCCCACAAGUCCCUACGGUACCAAGCCCAAGAGCGUCGCCACCUCGUUCUCGCAAUGGUUCGCAACAUAGUGGUGUUUUGGUUGGGGAUGCCGACAUGGAUAUGGGCGGUUCCGUAGCUGGACUUCUUGAUCAAUUCCACACCGGAAUAUCGUCCAAUGCAACCCCCGGGAGCAAUUUUCCCACACCUCAGCCACACCUACAAGGUCAUUCCUCUGUCGGAACUCCAACUAAUCUUGCGACUGCUUCUCCUCAGCCAUCUGCGCAAAUAUCCGCAGAGCAACCGAUACAGAGCGACGUCAACAUGUCUGAUAACGGGACGUCGAAUCAGCAACCAGCAGCUGAUACCGGAGAAUGGGUGGUUGUUCCUCCAGGCGGUGUAUCCCCGACAAAUAACUCUGCCCAGGCUCCACCAUCUACAACAUCUCAACCGCCAGAAAUCACAGCUCCCACGGCUCACACAGUCUCAACGCCUUCUGCGCCUCUGACAACGAAUCCAUCUCCACUUCCGACAGCUUCGUCAAACCAGACCCCGCUGCCUGAUUUUCAUACCUCACCCAAUGACUUUGCCGAUCUUGCCGAUCUUGAUACUGCUGGAGAUGCGCUCGCAAGCUAUGGCGAGGGUCUUGGUGGUGGAGAUGGGGGCCUUGGAGACCUUUCGAUGGAUAUGGACGGAGCGAUGGAUGACUCUGCGUUUGGGGACGCAUUUCACGGCGUUGACGAGAGAACAGAGGGCGAUGGCCAGGGUGACGGCUUGCCAUAG